AUGCAGCCCAUAACUCGCUACCUCAACGGCGAGAUCCGUGCCUACCACAUCCCACCCUUCUCGGGUAGCGGAAGCACGCUGGAACCAGCCGCCACAUAUCCGGUUGACCCCAGGUCCACCGACAACUCCAGAUGGCUAAUCCACGCUGUAACCCCGAGCCUGGACCGCGCAGCCUACCUCAACCGCGACAGCGUAAUGUGCAUCAAUCAAACCGGGCACCUGGUCUGGCGGUACUACCUCGAGCCCCUCUACGCCUACGACAGUGUGGCUAGUGGCCAAUGCGCUUUCUCUCGAGACGGAUCGUAUCUGUGGGUGUAUCGCCCCGACGCGAUGAAUGACCGCGGACCCGACUUGUUAGUCGUUCUUGACCCUGACUCGGGAGACGAGAUUGCUAGAGUGGAGCUGGAUAGUGUUGGUCAGGGCGCGACUUUCGCCGUGCAUCCCGACGGGCGGACUCUUCUGCUGGAUGUAGGCGAGGGCCAGGAUGGAGUGAAGGUGUAUCGCGCGGUGCUCUCUCACAAGGACAAGAACAUUGAUUUGCACGCUUAUGAAUGGGAUGAUCGCUGUCUGGUUGAUAUGGCGCCAGACCACCAGACAUUUAUGACUUUUGACCACGGCGGGCGCGACGUUGCCUUCCAUGCGUUUCCCAGUGGAGAUAUCGUGCUACGCCUGGCUGUCGGGGAUUUUGGGUAUGAGGAUGAUGAGGCUUGUGUACAUUAUAUGGGCGGCUUCCUUGAUUCGCAAACCGCCGUCGUCACGGUCAAGGGCGAGACUGAUGAUGAGGAGUGGCUACAUUAUCAUACCGUGGACGUACGCACUGGGGAGCAUCUUGGCCGCAUCGACGCGCACUCGCGUGAUGAGGAAGCUGGAGACUUUCAGCCCUUGGGAGAUGGCACCUGGGUCGUGGCAGAUGCCGAUGGCAAUCCCGCCCGCCACCGGCUUCUUACAACAUUUUGA